GCUGCCUGUGGUGAACAACGCUGAGCUGGCUAUCUCGACGAAGGCACACAGAGAGAUAGGGGACGACGGGAGUGUAGCAGUGUAUGAUAUUUUCUUUCUCUAAUUGUGUCAAAUGGGCAACUUUUACCUAUACAUAAUGUCGAAGUGAAAAAAUUUCGUUCAUGCCCUGUGUGCAGAGGAAAAACAGGUUCUACACAGUAUCCCGUUCGUAAUAGUUUCUAGCUAGUUUUUCGCGCUGCCUAGUCCGGACUUGGGUGGAGCAGUGAGAUUCGACGGAAAUUCUUCGUCUGCUCUAGGUUUCCCGAAGAGUGGCAGUAAUCCCCAGCAGUGAAAAGCAAAAACAGUAUGGGUGCACUAGCCAGCAGACAGAAUGCAGCCGUGGAAGAGGCUGACGUGAGUGCUAACCACCAAUAUAAAUAUCCUCCUCGGUCAGGUAAUUAUUUUGGUACACACUUUAUUAUGGGAGGUGAGCGAUUCGAUACUCCUCAGCCAGAAGCGUAUCUUUUCGGGGAGAAUGCUGAUUUGAACUUCCUGGGAUGCAAACCGACUCCUUUUCCUUAUCCCCCACCGCAAGCAACUGAGCCAACAAAAACGCUGAAAAGUUUAGUCAAUAUACGCAAGGAAUCCGUGCGCUUCGUGAAAGCAUCUGAUUGUAAUGCGAAAAUCCAUGGCGAUGGCACCAAAACCAAUGCCUACAACAUUGAGUUCGUCUUUGAUGCGGAUGCUCGUUGCGCUAUUACGGUUUACUAUUUUUGCAUCGAAGACAUCGGAAGCAUUGGCGUUAGUUAUAUUCCUCGGGAUUCGUCGCUAUCAUCCGAAACAUUCCACUUCAAGCGGGGAGUCAAUCAGGUAUUCUCCGCUCCGUCGCAUGUCUUCAACCCGGCACUGUUUUGCGAGGAUGAUAUGUCAUACAACUCCGAGAAGGACACAUUCCCCGUUGUCAUUCACUGCGUAGUAGAGGAAGGAACCGAGGACUGCCGUCAAAGUCACACCACAAUCUGUGUGGUGGACCACCAUUCAGAUGGAACUUACGCUCUGCGGGCAUUGAAGCAGAAGAUCUUCGUCGACGGUCUAUGUUACUUACUGCAGGAGAUCUAUGGCAUAGAGAACAAGUUGGUCAACAAAUCAAUCGGAGAUGAAGACACCGACGACAAUGGGAGCGAAUGUGUCAUCUGUAUGUGUGACACGCGAGACACACUGAUCCUGCCGUGCCGGCAUUUGUGCUUGUGCAAUUCCUGUGCGGAUUCGUUACGAUAUCAAGCUAACAACUGUCCUAUUUGCCGAGCGCCGUUCCGGGCUUUGCUACAGAUUCGAGCGGUACAGAAAACUACAGCAGGAUCAAAUGUCGUUCCGGUCCAAAGCCCACAGGAUGGUACGGAUAACAUUCCUUCGGGAUACAUCCCAAUAUCGCUUAUUGAAGCCCUCAAUGGUCCAAUUAGUUCAGUAAAGCCUCAGAACACAACCGAUAGCACUACUACGACAGAUGGCAACAAUGAGACUAACUUAACAAGUCAGAGCGCUGACAAACAGGAUAGUGGCAAGAAUACAUCCAAGGAAAUGGACACUAGUGGAUCGCGUGAGAAACUGAACCAAAAUGCCGUAGACUUUCGCAUGUCGGUACUUCUAUCCAAAGAGGACGGAUCAGUAACUUGUGUCACGAAGGAGCUGCUUACUAAGCAUUCGCCGUUGAUGCAGCGGGCUCCUGUUAGCCGAGAUAAAAAUCCCCGCGAGAAGGGAACACUCCGGAUCCAGGCUAACCAACCGAUUGUCAAAGAACCACCGGCUGCUGCUCUCCUCGAUCGGGAAACAGUACUGCUGGUGAACGAAAAAACUCAGCUGCCCAACGUGACCGAAAUCGACGAUGACAGUGAAGCGGAAAAACUGUCACCACUACUGCAGAAGGUGGACAACAACUCAACCCAGGAUAACUGUGAUAAAUACGAGAAAAUGCCCAGCAUCUUGCGAAUGACUCAAGACGAAACGGAAAAUUUAGACUCGCGUAGUCAAAAGUCGGUUGCAGUGCUUGCUGCGGCUGAGGAUUCCGACUACUAUACUCCGGAAGAUCCACAUACCACAAUUCUCAGCCCGCUGAAGGGCGACGAAAAGCUCGACGGGAUGAAGAAGUUAUCUACGCCAUUGACCGUAUUAAAGGAAGCCUCACAAUGUUCCCUACCGGACAGCCCUAUCAGUGGCAAUUCACAUACUUCCACACGCAGCUCCGGUGAUAGCUACUCUUCCAGCUCUAGCACUCGGCAGUUGCUGUCGUCGGUAACGGCCAACGAUACGCCUACCCACGUUACGGUCAAUGUCGACGCUUCGGCGGAAGGACUCGUCAAGCACGAGAUCAAAAUUGGAAACAACAUCAAGAUGGAUUGCAUUGACAGCGACUGAGUUUGCUUUAUCGUAGGAAAACUAAGCUGAAACAAGUGAAACAAAACGCAUUUCUUCACCUCUUAAGGGAGUAAAUUUAAACUAGAACAAAUUGUGUGGUAUCAAAGCUAAAAAUAAAACGUUCGUAGGCCCUUUGUUGCUGCAGGAAUAGCCGAUUAUUCGUAGAAACUGACGUGUACCGGAGUACUGAUUCGAGGAGACCGGAUCCAUCCCGAAACGCAUCAAUUGGUAUCACUGGGAAGUGAGUUUAUCCAAGCAGGAAACAAGCAAAACAGCAAUUUAUGUUUGAAUUUUAACAUUAGGUUUUUAUUAUUGAAAUAUCACUGGAACAUUUAUCAAAUAAAUUCGUUUUAAUCAAAACACUAAA